AUGGGUAAAGACGGCGGAUUUCUUACGCCAAAAGCAAUUGGUAAUCGAAUUAAAGCAAAAGGUCUACAGAAAUUAAGAUGGUAUUGUCAGUCAUGUGAGAAACAAUGUCGUGAUGAGAACGGAUUUAAAUGUCAUAUUCAAAGUGAAUCGCAUCAACGACAAUUAAUUCUUGUCGGCGAAAAUUCAGGCAAAUAUAUCGCGAAUUAUUCUAAUGAAUUCCAUAGUGGAUUUUUCAGUACACUACGUCGUUCAUUCGGCACAAAACGCGUUCUCGCCAAUACCGUUUAUUGCGAAUAUAUUAAGGAGCGCGAUCAUAUUCACAUGAAUGCUACUCGAUGGGUCGCCCUAGCAGGAUAUGUCCGUUGGCUGGGAAGUCAAGGACUGUGUGAAAUUGAACAAACAGAGAGAGGAUGGUAUGUAACAUUAAUUGAUAAAGAUCCUGAUACAGUACGACGUGAAAUGGAGAGUGAACGAAAAGAAAAAAUGGACUUAGAUGAUGAACAACGACGACAGAAAUUAAUUGCUGAACAAAUUAAAAGAGAUAAGGAUAGAGGUAUUGAACCACCUGAAGCUGUAUUUACUGAAUUUGUUCGUGAAGAUGAAAAUGAAAAAGUACAAGUAACAUUCAAUCAAAUUGUAGUCGCAGAAAAGAAAAAGACAUUACAACCAUCUGUAUUAGCUGUAGUUAGUAAGAAAAGAACAAGUUCAACUGAUGAGACUCCGGAUGAGCCUGAAGUGAAAAAAUCUAAACCAGAAACUACCAUCGAAACGUCCGUUUUCAAAAAGCCAUUUCCAGUCUCAGCAAAACCGAAAAAAUCAGCACUUGAAGAAGUGCGAGAGGAGGAAGAAAAAAUGAAAGAAAAGAAAAAUCGUAAAGAUUAUUGGUUACAUGAAAAUAUUGUUGUUAAAAUCAUCACAAUGAAAAUGGGCGAAAAAUAUUAUAAAAAGAAAGGAAUUAUAACAAAAGUUGAAAAUCGUUAUCAGGCAAUAAUAAAAAUGAUAGAUACAAAUGAUAAAAUUCGUAUUGAUCAAGCUCAUGUUGAAACUGUUAUACCAGCGAUUGGAAAGAAAGUCUUGCUUGUCAAUGGUGCCUAUCGUGGUCAAGAAGCAAUACUAGAAGAUAUUCAUCAAGAUGCAUUUUCUAUCGAUGUUACUAUAACGAAGGGUGCAAUGAAUGGCAUUCGACUUGACAAUAUACCUUAUGAAGAUGUUUCUAAAUUAGCCGACUAA